UUUUUGCAUUUUGUUUUUGUCACGACGGACGAGAACUCUCCAUUUCUUCGCUCAACCUCUUGCUUGACUUCGGUGCUGCGCCUACAAGGACGAUUUGAUAAAUCACGCAAAUCCGGAAUCAACUCUCACUUCUGAUCCCUUCCUGAAUUCCCUAAAUCCUCGUCUUCUACCUACCCAACUUAGCGGAACCAUCGACGACAAAGAGGAGGCGAGGAAGUUUCGAGGGAGGUCGCCGGGGAAAGCCGUCGACGGGAUCGGUGGCGUGUGCAGGUGAAGAGGAAUUCGUGAAACAAAUGGCGACGGAGUGAAUUUUUCUUACUUGUUCUUACACAUCUAGUGCCGGAGAAGAAGCGGUUAAAACGAUGGCCGGUCGUAGGGAUGGCCCGCUGAUGAAGAGCGGCGGCGGCGGCGGAACCGGAUCUCGGAUUGCAGUUGCUAUCGUAAUCGGGAUCUUAUGCGGUUGUGUCUUCGCUUUCCUUUUCCCCGGUGGUUUCUUUGCUUCGACUGCCGUCAUUUCUCCGGUUAAUACUAGCAUCAAAUCGCGUCAGGCCAAUUCAUCUCCAUGCGAAUCACCUGAGAGAAUAAACAUGUUAAAAUCGGAGUUAGCCUCACUAACAGGGAAGAAUGCAGAAUUGAAAAAACAAGUCAGGGAACUAGCAUCAAAGCUCCAGUUAGCUGAACAAGGAAAAGAUCAGGCCCAAAAGCAGUUUCUAACUCUAGGAACCCAACAUAAAGCCGGUCCUUUCGGCACAGUCAAAGCUUUAAGAACUAACCCAUCAGUUCUCUCUGAUGAAUCCGUUAACCCACAGUUAGCAAUUAUACUCGAGAAGAUUGCCAUCAAGAAAGAAAUAAUAGUCGCAUUGGCUAACUCGAAUGUACGAGAAAUGCUCGAAGUUUGGUUUCAAAACAUCAAAAGAGUCGGCAUAUCAAACUAUAUCGUCGUAGCACUGGAUGAUGAAACGGAGCAUUUCUGCAAAUCAAAAGAUGUUCCAGUUUAUCGAAGGCCUCCGGAUGAAAAUGUGGACUCCAUUGGAAAGACCGGCGGCAACCAUGCCGUUUCUGGGCUCAAAUUCCAUAUUUUAAGAGAAUUUUUGCAGCUUGGUUACAGUGUCCUUCUCUCAGAUAUUGAUAUAGUUUAUUUGCAAAAUCCUUUUGAUCAUCUUUAUAGGGAUUCUGAUGUUGAAUCAAUGAGUGAUGGUCACGACAACAUGACGGCUUAUGGAUUUAACGAUGUUUUUGACGAGCCAACGAUGGGUUGGGCGAGAUAUGCUCAUACAAUUCGUAUUUGGGUGUACAAUUCGGGUUUCUUUUUUAUAAGACCGACACUUCCAGCCAUCGAGUUGUUGGACCGUGUGGCAAACCGGCUGUCUCAUGAACCAAAAUCGUGGGACCAAGCCGUGUUUAACGAGGAACUCUUUUAUCCAUCCCACCCUGGAUAUGAUGGCCUCCAUGCUGCCAAGCGAACCAUGGAUAUGUAUCUCUUUAUGAAUAGCAAAGUUCUCUUCAAAACUGUGAGGAAAGAUGCUCAGCUCAGGAAGUUGAAGCCAGUUAUCAUACAUGUGAAUUACCAUCCUGAUAAACUUCCAAGAAUGAAGGCCAUUGUUGAGUUCUAUGUGAAUGGAAAACAAAAUGCUUUGGAUCAUUUUCCGGAUGGUUCGGAUUGAUGAAACUUUUUGUAACAUAAAGUUGCAGACAGGUUGGAGCUCACAGCUAUCAAAUGUAAGCGAUGUAUUUCUGCUUUUGAAUUUAAGAGUUUUAGUCUUUUUGCUCUUAUUAUUUUGACUUUUUUUCUUGGAGAUAAACUGACAAAUUAGCUAGCUCUAUCUUCUUGGAUUGUCUAUGUUGUGAACAUGGCUUAUUUUUCUCAGUUU